UAACACUACUAUUUUUCUUUUUCUUUUUACUUUUUCGAGUUUGACACUGAAUAUUCAAACUACGCAGAUUCGGAUUCUGCUUCAUUUCACAUCAAAGAUUGUAACUUCACCGCCAAGACUGAACAUUUCUCUGGUUGGAAACUUUCUAGGGUUCUUGCCGCCAAAAGAGUCAACAUGAGAGCCAAAUUGGUUGUGUUCCCAAUACGAGGGAGAAACUGGUGCUUCAGCAGAGCCAUUGAUCAUUCUCUUAAGAAUUCAGCUACUUCUUCCUCUCAUUCUCCUCCAACGUUCAAAGAACUGUGGAAGGGCAUUAAUGUUGCUGAUAAACCCUUUAAUGCCAAAGCUGAGCUUCUUGCUGAUUACUGUGGCAACAAGAUGAAUAAAGCUUGGAUUGGUUUGGAAAAAGCACCGGAUGGGUCUAUCAAGAAGAAGAUUCAUGGGUGGGGGUCAUGGCUUUUGUCACAGGUUAAGCCCUCAGAGAUAUUCUUGAAAUCUAUAUCGAAUGAAGUCACUAGCAUCGAAGUCAUUUACCCUUCAAGUCUGAAUGCACAACUUGUUCGCCGAAGAUUAAGACAUAUUGCUAUGAGGGGAACAAUUAUCCACCGGAAAUACUUAUAUGCUACAGUUUCAUUGAUUCCAUUUUCCUCUGCACUGAUGGUUUUACCUUUGCCUAAUUUCGCAUUCUUCUGGGUUUCAUUUCGGGCUUAUUCUCAUUGGAGAGCCCUUCAGGGAAGUGAGAAGCUAUUCCAACUCGCCUCGGAUAGCAGCAAGAUGUCUAACACAUCGACUCAUAAGAAGGACACUGAGCAUAAGAACAGCAAGAUGUCUAACACAUCGACUCAUAAGAAGGAAACUGAGCAUAAGGACUCAACCAAUAAAACCAAUAAUAGUUCAGAUGAACCACACUUGGAAUUGCUGCCAUCGGAAGAACUUAAUGAUCUUGUUGAACUUGAAGAUGGGAAAGACGGCCUGAGUCAACAAGCCAUCACAAAAAUUUGCAAGAUAUAUGAUUUGAACACCAUAGAUGUUCUAAAAUACAAGAAGUCUACUUUUUGAUCAUCACAAUUUUGUAAUGCAACAUGCUAUUUUUUUCACCAAUUAAUUCAUUCAAAUUUUUAGGUGUAAUUACAUGAAUUUUUGUAAGUAGGAUUUUACAGAGACACUAGGGGUGUGCAUGGGACGGGUGAAACCGGGUUUGAUGUGACCCAGACCCGACCCGAAAUAUAUACCGGGUCUAUUUAUUAGACCCGAACAUAGCCCUAGACCCGAUAAAAUCUAUACACUUUUGGGCUA